AUGCAAGGCUUCAGUGCCACUCCGGAGGAAGAGCUGCGAUCUACCGUUAUCCAGCUCCGGGAGACCAUCCUCCAGCAAAAGGAGACCAUCGGCAGCCAGAAGGACACCAUCCGGGAACUGACUGCCAAGCUGAACCGAUGUGAGAGCCUGGUGUCCGGGAAAUCAGGGGGCAAGGACACCAUGGGCGAUCUACCCAGAGAUCCCAGCCAGAUCAUCGACCAACUCAGCCGCACCAUGCAAUCCCUGAAAGACAGGCUGGAGAAUCUGGAGCAUCAACUGAGAUCCAAUGUGUCCUAUUCAGCUCUGCCUAAUGAUCUUCGAGAGAUGCUCCAGAGGAGGCUGGGGGACCUGGAGCACCAGCUUUUAAACAAAGUGGCUGAACUAGAAGAUGAGAAAUCCGUGCUUCAUAAUGAGAGUGCAGCACAUAGGCACAAAACAGAGUCCGCCCUCACUGCACUCCUAGAAAGAGUUAGUGAGCUUGAGAAAGGGAGCAGCGCAUUCAAAUCACCAGAUGACUUUAAGGUUUCCCUCCCACUUCGUACCAAUUAUUUAUACGGCAAGAUUAAAAAGACUCUGCCUGAGCUGUUUGCUUUCACAAUCUGUAUGUGGCUGAAGUCCAGCGCCUCGCCUGGGAUUGGAACCCCGUUCUCCUACGCUGUGCAGGGCCAGGCUAAUGAGAUUGUGCUGAUCGAAUGGGGGAAUCACCCGAUCGAACUUUUAAUUAAUGAUAAGGUGGCUCAGCUACCAUUCUCUAUUGGGGAUGGAAAAUGGCAUCAUAUUUGCAUCACAUGGACAACCAGAGAUGGAAUGUGGGAAGCAUAUCUGGAUGGAGUCAAGCUUGGCUCAGGGGAAAACUUAGCCCUUGGCACCCAAUUAAACCAAAUGGAAUUCUCAUUCUAGGCCAGGAGCAGGAUACUGUUGGAGGAAGAUUUGAUGCCACACAAGCCUUUGUUGGAGAGUUGAGCCAGUUUAAUAUCUGGGACCGGGUCCUAAAAACGGAAGACAUAGUCAACAUAGCCAACUGCUCAACCAACAUGCCUGGGAACAUCAUCCCAUGGGCCGAUAACAAUGUCGAUGUUUUUGGAGGAGCAACAAAAUUACCCUUGGAUCCAUGCGAAGAGCGUUUGAUAGAUUUAUAG